CUCUGUACCACCUUCUUUCAAAUAAAAACAUAACCUUUAAUUUAACUUAAUUUUCACUUUUCUCCGAUUUUCAAAUUACUUAUGAAAUAAAACAUCAAAUAGCAUAAAUUUAUUCGAUUACUAGUAUAUUUGCAAGAAAAAUAAAAACCGCAGUAUGGCAGAUGAUGGCGAAAACGUGUCGGUUAUGACUGUGAAAGAACCCUUAGACCUUAUAAGGCUAAGCUUAGAUGAGAGGAUUUACGUUAAAAUGAGAAAUGAACGAGAAUUACGAGGCAAGUUACAUGCUUAUGAUCAACAUUUGAACAUGGUUUUGGGAGAUGCGGAGGAAACAAUUACAACAGUUGAAAUUGAUGAAGAGACAUAUGAAGAAGUUUAUAGAACAACAAAACGGAACAUUCCAAUGUUAUUUGUAAGAGGUGAUGGUGUUAUACUUGUAUCACCUCCAGUACGAGUUGGACUUUGAAAUAGAUAAUAAAAGUACAUAAAAAAA